UUCAUCAGCAGCUGCAGUUCCUUUCAUAAACACUCGUGCAGUCACAGUGCAGCAAGAAACUAGGACGUCCUUUAGACAGGAAACAGGGAUGCACGAAGUGAGCAGUUAAAUAGCCUAGUCUGCUGCUAACAGAAAGCUUAAUGUUAGAGGGUUAAAUCGUUGUUUUUUAAGACUGAAGUCGCCGGGACAGAUCUGCCCACAGAAGACUACUUUACUUGUCAAAUCUGAAUGUAAGAUUGUGAAGUAGAGGGAGGAAGGAAUUAAAAGCCAUCGCCAUGGAUUUUGUUAUGAAGCAAGCUUUGGGAGGGGCCACCAAAGACAUGGGAAAGAUGUUGGGGGGUGAUGAAGAGAAAGAUCCUGAUGCUGAAAAGAAGGAGGAAGAAAGACAAGAAGCCCUUCGACAGGAAGAAGAGGAAAGGAAGGCGAAAUAUCAAAAAAUGGAAGCCGAACGGGAAACAAUGCGACAAGGCAUUCGGGAUAAGUACGGUAUUAAGAAGAGAGAAGAAAAAGAAGCUGAAGCUCAGGCAGCCAUGGAGGUGGCAGCAGAGGGGAGUCUUACCCGCCCAAAGAAGGCAAUACCUGCAGGCUGUGGCAAUGAAGAAGAGGAGGAAGAUGAAAGCAUUCUAGACACUGUCAUGAAAUAUCUUCCUGGCCCCCUCCAAGACAUGUUCAAAAAGUAACAGUGCUAAAGCUAUUAGAUUGUUACCUUUUGUUUAUAAGGCAAUUAUAUUCUCCAUAGGAGAUUUAGAACAACAUGAUCCACCUGUUUUGUUUGUCUGUUUGUCUGUUUGUUUGUUUUGUUUUGUUUUGUGUGUGUACCUGUGUGUGUGUGUAAAUAGUCUGUGGUUUAAACAAAAUAAAUAAAUAAAUAACAAACAUUCUUUAAAAAAAACCUCUAAGAGUAUAAGCCAUACUUUUACCUUUGAAGAAAAGCUCACAGUCAUAUCAUGUUGUUGUAUAAGUGUCGUUGUUAUUGUAAGCAUUUAUCUAUCCUUCUACAGUGCUAUUAACUUGUAUUUAGAAACAUAUUUCCUAAUACACCCCAUGAACACUAAAUGUAACAUUAUAUGGUAAAAAUGCAAAAACGUAUGCAGUAUAUUAUAACAACUCAUUUAAAAUGUAUUUUCAAGCAUGCCAAUGUUCAAGUCAUUGUGAAUAUCUGUACAACUGAUUUUCGGUGAAUUGCAUAAAGGAUUAAAGCAAUAA